AUGUCAGGCCUACAGAGCUACUUAGAAUCAAUAAAUAACAGUGCAAACUCAUUGAAAACACUUUACUUCAGACCACCAGGCAUUUUCACAAAUGCCCUAAUUUCAAAACCAGAUAUAACUACACUUUUAAGAGAUGCUGAUAAUUAUGAAAACACACUAUAUCACGUUGAUCCACAGGGAAAAGCUGAAAGAGUUGAUGGUACUAGAGGUGUGGUGGACCAUUUGAAUGAUGAGUUUGAAAAUUUAGAGAUCCAACAACAGCUGAACAGUGACGGUAAUGAAAUACAGAAUUACCAAACAGAAUUUAAUAGACCUUCAGUUGUCCUUGUACCUAAAGAGAUUGAUACAACAGUUGAAUCUUCAGAGCAAAGUAAAGGUGUAAAGAACUUGUUGAAGAAAUUUAAUGAAGCAAAUCAAGGUGAUUAUGAUGUUGAUGUGUUGUGUGAAACGGUUAGACAACUUUUGGAAAAAUAUCCUAUUGAUGGCGUUAAUGAAGAGCUUGAAAACUAUGUAAGAAAAUGGGAGUUGUUAAAUUCUGAAAUCAUGAAACAUGAAGAGACAAUAGAGAAACAAAGAAGGCAACUAUCCAUGUUAAACAUAUCAUUGAAUGAUAGGGAACUCGGGACAGAAAAGACACAACCAAAAAAGAAGUCUGCAAAAGAUCUAAUAGCACAGGAGGAAGAAGAAAUCAGACGAUUAGAAGCAGAGUUAUCACAAAGGAGUAAAGAGCAAAUAUGA